AUUUCCCUCAAAAUGUCCCUCAUUGUUUUUCCGAUACGGCAACCCUAAAUGAAACGUCAAAUAUUUCCUUUCUUUUUCCAGCCUCUUUCCGGUCGGUCUGCAGUGUUGUCGCCAAAAUGCGAACGAUCAACUCGAAUCAGUGUGUCAAGAUCCCCAAGGAUAUCAAAGCCUCCGUCAAGGCGCGCGUGGUCACAAUCACCGGCGCCAGAGGCACCCUGAAGCGUAGCUUCAAGCAUCUGGCUCUGGACAUGUACAUGUCGGACAAACGCACCCUGAAAGUCGAGAAAUGGUUCGGCACAAAGAAGGAGCUCGCUGCCGUGCGUACAGUGUGCAGCCACAUUGAGAACAUGAUCAAGGGAGUGACAUUUGGCUUCCAGUACAAAAUGCGUGCUGUGUACGCUCAUUUCCCCAUUAACUGCGUUACCUCCGAGCAGAACACGGUUAUUGAGAUCCGUAACUUCUUGGGUGAGAAGUACAUUCGUCGUGUCGUGAUGGCUCCCGGCGUGACGGUUGUCAACUCAACUGCCCAAAAGGAUGAGCUCAUCGUUGAAGGCAACGACAUCGAGGCUGUCUCCGGCUCCGCGGCACUCAUCCAACAAUCGACCACCGUUAAAAACAAGGAUAUUCGUAAGUUCUUGGACGGCCUAUACGUGUCGGAGAAGACGACCGUUGUGAAAGUAGAGUCCUAAUGAAAUCCGCAUUGUGCUUCAAUUGGAAGUUUUAAUUAAUAAAUGAAAGCGCUGAUGUAAACUUUACAACCUA